AACACGUGAAUAAUAUUUUUUUUUUGUUUUAAUUUUGAAUUUUCCAGAUUAUAAUCAUGUUAUUAAAAUUUCAAUCAUUAUUUGAAUUGGACAAAUGUCGUUUGAUUAUAAAUACGAAUCGAAGUCCAUUAAUAUCACCGUUUGCAUUCGAUCUUUUGUUACAACAAUCUGUCAAAAAUGGUCAAUCCAUUCUUAUUGUAUUGUUGGCACAAAAUCUUCAACAUUAUAGCGCUGUUUCGAUGAAAUGUGGAAUCAAUCUAAAAAAUUACAUUGACAAUGGCCUAGUGAAAGUUAUCGAUACAUUUGAUUAUGAUACUGAAAUCGAUUCCGAUCAAUUUGUUCAAAACAUUGAAUCAAAAUUAUCUGUAAUGCCGGAAAAAUCUAUCAUAUUAAUCGAUGAUAUUCAGGUGUUCAAUUCAUUGGGAAUAUCAGCCCGAAAAACUUUUCUCAUAAUCAAAAAAAUUCAAACAAUUUUAUACAAAAAACAAGGUAAAAUUUUUAUCGGAAUUUCAAUGAUUCAAGAUGAUCAAUCCAAAUGGAACUUAUUGAUUAAUAAUCUUAUCUUCGAAUGUGAUUGUUGGCUUGAUUGUGAUUGUCCAAAAACGGGCUAUUCACAAAAUAUAAAUGGAAUUUUACGUUGUUUCAAUCGAUCAAAUCAAUCGAACAUGGAAUUAAAUUAUAAAAUAUCGAAUCGAAAUAUAAUUUUUACAAAAUUGUGAUUUUUUUCAAAAUUUUUAUUUGAGAUUAAAAAUUAUUGUGCUUUGAAAAGGAUAUAUUGUUAUAUCUACAUUUUUAUGAUUAAAAUUUCAAAUUUAUAAAAAAAA